AUGGGGCAGGAUGGCUUUUAUGAUACCCUUUUCAAGUCCUUACAGGCUCUCCAGGACACCCGGUCAGCAGUCAGAGCUCUAUAUCGAGCCUCUGCCCACCCCAGCCUGCUGAACUGGACCUUCAACCAGAAGGAAGCAGUUGCAGACCAUUGGAACUAUUCCUUCAUCUUUGUGCUCAUAAGCCUUUUUAACCACACUCCAAUGCAUCUAUUCUUCUUCAGUACUGUUGUGUUGAUCUAUGUUCUUGGUAUGACUGGCAAUGUAGCAAUGGUCUUUCUGAUCUGGGUGGACUUAAGGCUCCAUGCACCUAUGUAUUUUCUGCUCAGGCAACUCUCCUUCCUAGAUAUUUUCUUCACCUCAGUCACAGUCCCCAAAAUGAUUGUGGGCUUCCUCUAUGGCUGGACAAGCAUUUCUUAUGGGGAUUGUGGAGCCCAGAUGUUCUUUUUCAUGUUCUUGGGAGCAGCUGAAUGCCUGCUCUUAGCCCUCAUGGCCUAUGACCGCUAUGUUGCCAUUUGUAACCCACUUCAGGUCUGCUGCCUCAUGAUGAUCACCUCAUGGCGUGGUGUCCAGACAAUUCUGAUCUUACAUUUUCCCUACUGUGGCUCAAAAAAGAUUGCUCACUUCUUCUGUGAGGUGCCCUCCCUGCUGCAACUUGCUGCUGUCUAUGAAAAGGUGCUAUUUGUUACAAGGGUGAUAGUGCUGCUGGUGCCCAUUGCUUUUAUCAGUACCUCUUAUGCCCUGGUCCUGACUACUGUGCUUUGAAUGAAGUCAAUUGAGGGGCGCCACAAGGCACUGACUACAUGCUCCUCCCACCUGACCAUGGUCAACCUUUUUUAUGGGUCACUCAUCUAUACCUACAUGUUACCAGCCUCCUAUCAUUCACCAGGACAGGAUGAUGUAGUAUCUGUCUUUUACAUAGUUUUCACACCUAUGCUUAAUCCUAUCAUCUACAGUCUGAGAAAUAAGGAGGAAUCAGGAGCAAUGAAGAAGGUGAUAAAGAAGUAUAUGGUCACUAGAAAUGUGUGA